AUGGCCUGCAAAAAAGUGGGUACUACACUGGGCCGUGCAUUAUGGCAAAACGGUAGCAGGACACCACCUCUUUCAAGAUCUUCGAAAAUUAGAAACUUUUCAACAAGCAGGGAAUUGAAAAGUGGAGAGAAGAAAUGUAAAGAUCAAAGCUGUGAAUCAAAUUGUAGGUCUGCAGCGAUGCCUUUACCUGCCGCUUGCUCCUCUACACCUGCCGCUCAAAGACAUCAGGUUGGGGGCAAGAAGGGUCCGGAGGAGCCGUUGACAGUGUCUGGACGAUCGUACUCCUCCACCGCCCCAAAAGCAGAUCAUAGGACAUACUUAUGGGCACGUUAUAAUGAGAUGAAACGGCUUGUGCACGGUAAGUAGUAGACUGACCUCACAGUUGUCCUUUGUCAUAAAACCCCCCCACCCCCCAAACGUACUGCAAAUUGAGAAAUCAUGUGACUAAACUGAAUAAAAAUAAGAAACUAUACUAUGAAACAAAGAUGAAUGAUAGUAAAAAGCUUUGAAGCACCUUAAAUGAAAUGUUGGGCAAGAAGGCAUACUCAGCUCCAUCAUUCAUUGAAUCAGAUGGCUCAUUCAUCACAAAACCCACUGAUAUUGCCAAUUACUUUAAUGAUUUUUUCAUUGGCAAGAUUAGCAAACUUAUGCAUGACAUGCAUGCUACAAACGCUGACACUACACGUCCAUACCCACAAGACAUGGGACUAAAGGUCUCUUCAAAUUAUGAAAGCGUUGUAAUUUUGAAUUCUGUAAAGUGAGUGUGAAAGAGGUGAAAAAAGUGUCUAUCAACAAUGACACGCCACCGGGGUCUGACAAUUUAGAUGGAAAAUUACUGAGGAUUAUAGCGGACAAUAUUGCCACUCCUAUUUGCCAUAUCUUCAAUCUAAGCCUACUAGAAAGUGUGUGCCCUCAGGCCUGGAGGGAAGCAAAAGUAAUUCUGCUACCCAAGAAUAGUAAAGCCCCCUUUAUUGGCUCAAAUAGCCGUCCAAUCAGCCUGUUACCAACCCUUAGUAAACUUUUGGAAAACAUUGUGUUUGACCAGAUACAAUGCUAUUUUACUGUAAACAAAUUGACAACAGUCUUUCAGCACGCUUAUAGGGAAGGACAUUCAACAAGCAUGGCACUUAACCAAAUUACUGAUGAUUGGCCUAGAGAAAUUGAUGAUGAAAAGAUUGUGGGAGCUGUUUUGUUAGACUUCAGUGUGGCUUUUGACAUUAUCAAUCAUAGGCUGCUGAUGGAAAAAUGUAUGUGUUAUGGCUUUACACCCCCUGCUAUAUUGUGGAUAAAGAGUUACCUGUCUAACAGAACACAGAGGGUGUUCUUUAAUGGAAGCCUCUCCAACAUAAUCCAGGUAGAAUCAGGAAUUCCCCAUGCCACUGGCUUUGAGUGAAGCCAGUGUGUCUAUGUAUGCGGAUGACUCAACACUAUAAGUUAGUCCUAAAUAUUUAAAAAACUAAAAGCAUUGUAUUUAGGACAAAUCAUUCACUAAACCCUAAACCUCAACUAAAUCUUGUAAUAAAUCAUGUGGAAAUUGAGCAAAUGGAGGUGACUAAACCGCUUGGAGUAACCCUGGAUUGUAAACUGUCAUGGUCAAAACAUAUUGACACAACAGUAGCUAAGAUGGGGAGAAGUCUGUCAAUAAUAAAGCGCUGCUCUGCCUUUUUAACAACACUAUCAACAAGGCAGGUCCUACAGGCCCUAGUUUUGUUGCACCUGGUCUACUGUUCAGAUGUGUGGUCAGGUGCCACAAAGAGGGACCUCGGAAAAUUACAAUUGACUCAGAACAGGGCAGCACGUGUGGCCCUUGGGUGUACAUGGAGAGCUAACAUUAAUAAUAUGCAUGUAGAUCUCUCAUGACUAAAAGUGGAGGAGAGAUUGACUUCAUCACUACUUGUUUUUGUAAGAAGUGCUGACAUGCUGAUUGCACCAAGGUGUCUGUUUAAACUACUAGCACACAGCUCGGACACUCAUGCAUACCCACAAGACAUGGGACUAAAGGUCUCUUCACAAUCCCCAAGUCAAGAACAGACUAUGGGAGGCGUACAGUACUACAUAGAGCCAUGGCUACAUGGAACUCUAUUCCACAUCUGGUAACUCAUGCAAGCAGUAGAAUCAGAUUUAAAAAACAGAUAAAAAUACACUUUAUGGAACAGCGGGGACUGUGAAGUUACACACACAGGCACAGACACACAUGCACAUGAUAAGACACGCACUCUACACACGUACACAUGGAUGUUGUAUUGUAGACAUGUGAUAGUAGAGUAGUGGCCUGAGGGCACACACUUAAUGUGUUGUGAAAAGUGUUAUGAAAUGUAAUGUCAUGUAACUGCCUUGGCAGCAGUUAAUGGGGUUCCUUAAUAAAUACAAAAUACAAAUACUCUCAAUGUGGGCCGGGUAAACUUCAAAGGAUUCCCAUCAUUUGUGAUGUGCAUACACUUAUAGUGAUGGGUGCUGAUGGGGAGUGGUUCAGUAUUACUCCCCAUCAGCUACUGAUGUGAGUCUUGUCAUGUCCUGGUUGAAGACAUUACUGUAUGCACAGGGAUUGAAUGAGUUCAUCCUCUUCUAGACCAGUGCUGUAACAGUUCAUCCCUUCCCUAGGUUUGAAAGUGGGUCAAACAUGACAGCUGGAUGGCAAGCCUGUCAUUGGUAUUUUCUGAGAAAAUGAAAGUGAACCAAAUUGUUGUAACCAACAUACUCUGUAAUUCUACAGGCUAAAUUUAAAAAACAAGCUCAGGACCAAUCCCAAACCCCUACAGGACAGGCAAUGGUCUCUGACACACUCUUUCUCAUUUACCCACUAGCCAUAUGAUUGCAUAUUCUGAUUCAUUAUCUGGUCCUUCUUUAGAUUGUCAUCAUUAUUUCAGCACACAAAUAUAAAGACAUAAGAAGGAUCAUACUUGAUAAUGUAGGUAGAGGCAAAGUUAGAGGAGAGAUACAGACUUGAGAAUGAGGUUACAAGCUAGAUAUGGUACAUCUAUCACAUUGAAGGCCAGCUGCUGUCACUCCUCUCUCAUCUAAAAGGUCAUGGCCCACUUAUCUGUCAUAAACAGCUCAAAAUGAAACAUGGUACCGUCGUCAUAUUCCAGGGAUUUAGUGACAGAUUGGGAGACUGUUGGUGAGUCUGUGUGUUUGCUGUGUGGCUGUUAUGAUUGCUCUGGAAGAACAGGGUUGUAAACACGCAGAGAGCAAUACAAAAAUAUACACUAACCAUGUUUCCAUAAAAACUUUUUUGCGAGUUAAGUACAGGCCUGAUUGAAAAAACAUUUUUCAAAAACGUUCCAAAUGUCGACAAAACAAAGUACACUAGACAAGGUGGGCUUUUUUUGUGUCGGUAAAAUGAAUUCUGCGAGAAAUGUCAGUGGAAACGCUUUUAUGUGCAAAUAUUGAUAUAAUAACCAUCAUAUCGAAGUAAACUUGGAGUCACACUAUGACAUGUUGUGUGGUCCUCCCAAAGCAUGCAGUUUAUUAGGCUAGAGAUUAAAUAAAUGAUGAUGAACUUCACAAGGUGGGGAAAGUGCACGGUGAUGAGCUUGAUGCUCCUUUCCAAUAAAUAUCGAGGAUCUUAUUCUGAUUACAUGAUAAUCAAUGCUUGGCUGCAGCUUGACAAAUAAUAAUAAUCUCGCUCUUUUAUCCAUAAUAAUAAUCUCAUCAUGUAGGCUAUAUGUGCGUUCUAGCCAACAAAUCGCAGAUAGCGCUGUUGGCUAGAGCGCACGUGCCAAUACCAGAGUGGGCACACUCGCUAUAUAACGCAAAACAUUUUUGUGAGAAAAACAUAUUUUAUUCGGUACAUAGGAAUUUAACCUCAAAAGGUAUUUGUAUGUGCACUGGGCCUAGAUCAUCACGCACAGUCUUUUAUCUGCAACGUGUCAAUUUGAUGGAAACAUCUCUGGUGGGAAAAUGCGCAUAUGGUUUUUAUGCAGAUUUGAGAAUAUUCGCAUGAAAAUCAGGGAUUUUUCUCAACUUUUAGGUCCAGUGAUCUAGUUUAUAAACACAUUCUGCUAUUUGUUUUUUUGUGUGUGCAAAAGUUAAUUUGCCUCUAAAUCCUGUUCGGUAUUUCAAAUGUCAAACCCUCUAUGAUUUCCCUGUAAUCCUGUUGUUGCUUGCCUCACUAAACUCAGUGCUUUGCUUCAGGUACAGUGCACUCCUGCUGUACAACUGGAAGCACCUAAAAAAGAUUAGUACUUAACAUUGAAGUCCCUAAAUGGUAUCAAAUCAAAAAUCAAAUCACAUUGUAUUUGUCACAUGGCUGAAUACAACAGGAGUAGACCUUACAGUGAAAUGCUUACUUACAAGCCCUUAACCAACAAUGCAGUUUUAAGAAAAAUAAGUGUUAUGAAAGUAUUUACUAAAUAAACUGAAGUAAAAUAAAUAUAUAUAUAUAUAUAAUAAUAAUAAUAAUAAUAAUAAUUAAAGAGCAACAAUAAAAUAACAGUAAUGAGGCUAUAUGCAGGGGGUACUGGUACAGAGUCAAUGUGCGGGGGCACAGGUUAAACGAGGUAAUUGAGGUAAUAUGUAGAUGUAGGUAGAGGUAAAGUGACUAUGCAUAGAUAAUAAACAGAGACUAGCAUCAGCUGUUCAGGAGUCUUAUAAAGCUGUUGUUAUGUCCAUUAUGUUGUCUCUCUAUUAUGUCUCUGUGCUGUCUCUUUCCAGACCUGAUCCCACCAAGUGUGUGUAACCUGCUCAACUCCUCCACUAUCUACGCCAACAACGAGGUCAGCCUAGCGGAGGUGGACAUCUAUGGGUUUGACUAUGACUACACCCUGGCCCUCUACUCCGAUACCCUCAACACUAUGAUCUACAACACUGCCCGAGACUUCCUCAUCGAGCACUUCAAGGUGUUUGUGCUCUAACUAACCCGCCAAUAGACUAGCACAUACUGUAUAUUCAGUACUCCUGAUAAUUCCAUGUGUGAGUACAGUUGUGGACCAUUCUAAUCUGAUAAUCUUCUGCUGUUGUUUGACAGUACCCUGAAGGUAUCCGCAAAUAUGACUACAUCCCCAACUUUGCUGCACGGGGUCUUCACUAUGAUAUUCAAAAGGUAAACCCCAUAAAGCAGUUCUUCCCCUCUUUUAAACAUCCAAUCUCAAGGUACAGUGGGUUUACAGUACUGUACGUUUUGUCCUCCCCCAGGGCCUCCUGAUGAAGAUAGAUGCUUUCCAUUACAUUCAGCUGGGGACUGUGUAUCGGUGAGUUCUGUUUAUGGGGUAGGUGAAUAACACUGCAAUGUCAGUCAGUGUACUAAAACUGUGUUGACCCUAUAGGGGGCUGAACCCAGUUCCAGAUGAGGAGGUCCUGAGGCUCUAUGGGGGGACGCACCAUGUCCCCCUGCACCAGGUCAGCGGCUUCUAUGGAAAGGUCAGUCACUGUGUCCUUGAAGAAUACAUUACCUCCAGAGUUGCCUGUUAAAAUAUUCACACUGAGUGCAUUAACAGGAUCAAGGUAUUUUGUUUUAAUCUGCUGCCAACAGUUAUGAGGAGAGGUCCUACUUAAAAUGACAUUACUUUUAUGUAAGCAUUGUAAGCUCAACUUUUGUCACCACAUUACCCUUUUAGCAACUGACAAGCAACAUUUCACUAAUCAAGUAAAAGAGCUCAUCUGCAACAGGAUGUUAUCGUUAAAGCCUUUUUGUAGUUUGUUUGUAAUUACAGGUUAUUAUUGGACAAAUCUUAAUAAAUCUCUAGAUGUGGUCUGACAGUCUGACUGUGGCAUGGUAGUGUUUGUUAAUCUGGUUCAGUCUGUAGGGCCAGGGGCUUUGAUGUUUUCACACAGGUUCACAUUCUUCUACGUCUAUUGAAUGCAGCACUGUGGAGGGAGCACACCAUGCCUCCCCUGCCUUAUAAUCUUCCAUCACAAACAUACGCCCACUACUCACAAUCCUCUAGGUCUGGCACUGGGCUCUCUGUCUUCAUAAAUUAGGGAUUAGCUCUGUGUACAGGCCUCGCUCCCUGUGGACACUGGUUUAUUUUUUCCUCCUUGGAAAGAAACUGGUUCUAAACAUGGUGCCUCAUUUGAGCUAGAAUUAUUGGGUGGUAAUAUAGUGUUUAUACAUACAGUGCUAUGAAAAAGUAUUUGCCCCCUUUCUAAUUUUCUCUACUUUUGCAUAUUUGUGAUGCUGAAUGUUAUCAGAUCUUCAACCAAAACCUAAUAUUAGAUAAAGGGAACAUAAGUGAACAAAUAACACAACAAUUACAUAUUUAUUUCAUUUAUUUCAUAAACAAAGUUAUGCAACACCCAAUUUCCCUGUGUGAAAAAGUAAUUGCCCCCUUACACUCAAUAACUGGUUGUGCCACCUUUAGCUGCAAUGACUCCAACCAAAUGCUUCCUGUAGUUGUUGAUCAGUCUCUCACGUCGCUGUGGAGGGAUUUUGGCCCACUCUUCCAUGCAGAACUCCACCAUGCUUGACCUUUGGUAUGAUGUUCUUACUGUGACCACAUGGUUCCAGUAAUGCCUGGUGAAAACCAAACGCUGCAUUCCACAGUAAGAACAUCAUACCAAAGGUCAAGCAUGGUGGUGGUGGUGUGAUGGUUUGGGGAUGCUUUGCUGCCUCAGGACCUGGACGACUUGCCUUAAUAGAAGGAACCAUGAAUUCUGCUCUGUAUCAGAGAAUUCUACAGGAGAAUGUCAGACCAUCCGUCUGUGAGCUGAAGCUGAAGCGCAGCUGGGUCAUGCAGCAAGACAAUGAUCCAAAACACACAAUCAAGUCUACAUGAAAAUUGCUAAAAAGCAACAAAUUGAAAGUUUUGGAAUGGCCUAGUCAAAGUCCAGACCUAAUCCCAAUUGAGAUGUUGUGGCAGGACUUGAAAUGAGCAGUUCAUGCUUGAAAACCCACACGUCACUGAGUUAAAGCAGUUCUGCAUGGAAGAGUGGGCCAAAAUUCCUCCACAGCGACGUGAGAGACUGAUCAACAACUACAGGAAGCAUUUGGUUGGAGUCAUUGCAGCUAAAGGUGGCACAACCAGUUAUUGAGUGUAAGGGGGCAAUUACUUUUUCACACAGAGGAAUUGGGUGUUGCAUAACUUUGUUUAUGAAAUAAAUAUGUAAUUGUUGUGUUAUUUGUUCACUUAUGUUCCAUUUAUCUAAUAUUAGGUUUUGGUUGAAGAUCUGAUAACAUUCAGUAUCACAAAUAUGCAAAAGUAGAGAAAAUUAGAAAGGGGGCAAAUACUUUUUCAUAGCACUGUAAGUAUUUUAUGUCCAUUUUGUAACCGCAUUUCUCUAAUCACACCCAAUUUAGAGUCAUGGUAAUACUGUAUCUUUUUUAUAAGCAUACAAUAAGCAGCUGAUUUAUCAUCCAUAGGGACCCAAGGUUAAGCAGUUCAUGGACAUCUUCUCCAUCCCAGAGAUGACCCUCCUGGCUGUGGCCAAUGAUUUCUUCAUCUCCAAUGACAUCGAGUACGAUCCUGAGCACCUCUACAAAGACGUUUCAGUGAGUGUCUCAGCACACUCUCAUGCCAUUUCUCACCUUGUGUAAUGUUCUUUCCCUCCGUCUUGCUGGUUUUCCAAACCCUCUGCCAGGUUCAUUUGACCGUUUGAGCACAGUGGGGAUUUCCAGCACCAGGUUCAGAUGUCUGUCCUCCUCCUAGAGAGUUUGCCAGGGAUUCAGACAUGUGGACUAAUGAACAAUAGCUGUUCUCAUUCCACACUGGGGUCAAAGGGUUUAGAUUACUGUUUGGCCUUUUCAGAUUCACUUUGUCUGCCAGAAGAAACAGAAGUGAUCGAGCUCUGACUUUAUCCUCCCUCGUCCUUUUUGUAACCAAGCUCUUCUGCCUGUUAGACUGGGUCGGAGUAGAGAGUGUGAGAUUCAAAACCUGAAUAUAUGCAGUAUAAGCAUGUUGAAUUUAUCAUUAUCUAUAGGUACAUACUGUAACUGAAUGUAAUUAAAUGUAUGUGCACUUAUUAUUUGCGCUCCCUAAAGGCAUAAUGGAAACAUUUAUGUUUUUAUUGAUGUUUUUAUUCUCAGGAAGCCAUUGGAAUGGUUCACAUCAACGGCGACAUGUAUAAAUGGAUCAUGCAAGAUCUGGGUGAGCAUUGUUGGAUUCUGUUUGUGGUGUCUAGUCAAAUACCUUAUUUUCAGAAGCCUGCAGAAUGUAAAGGUUUGACAUGUUGUUGUUGUUGUUAAUGUUGUUACAUGUUCCCUUCAUUUUCCAUCCAUAGAGAAGUACAUUCUGGGAGGGGAUGAGACUUAUGCUGUUCUGCAUCGCCUGGUCAGCCACGGGAAGAAACUGUUCCUCAUCACCAACAGCCCCUUCAGCUUUGUGUGAGUGUCCAUCUGAGGAUGAAGACCCAUGGUCAUGUUGGUUUGAAUGACGUAUUGAUUGGUUGGUAAAUUGACCAUAAUUACAAUGGAUCGUGGAAGAGGAUGAGUCAUUCUCCUAAUGUCAAUUACUUGUUUUCAUGAUUACCCAACAUGAUUGACAGAGGAAGCACAAACACUAACGUAUCAUUCAGUCAGAACAGUAUUGAUGAAUGGGAAGAGUAGGCAGAAGCACAGUAUAUUUUGGUGAAUGGAAUGAGCAACAGCUCUGUUGCUUUCUCUGUAAGACUGGUCCAAUCCACAGGAGGUUAGUGGCACCUUAAUUGGGGAGCAUGGGCUCGUGGUAAUGGCUGAAGUGGAAUGAGUGGAAUGGUAUCAAAUACAUCAAACACCUGGUUUCCAUGUGUUUGAUGCCAUUCCAUUCGCUCUGUUCCAACCAUUAUUAUGAGCUGUGCUCCCCUCAGCAGCCUCUUGUGGUCCAGUCACUCUCUGAUAUCUCUGAUUGUAGGGAUAAAGGCAUGAGGUACAUGGUUGGGAAGGACUGGAGGGACUUCUUUGACGUGGUCAUUGUUCAGGCAGACAAACCACACUUCUUCAAUGACUGUGUCAAGUGAGUAUGGAGUGUUCUUGUGGACCAGGUUGUCAUGUGUUUUUGGGACCAUAUUCAAUUUGCUCUCCAAUGUUGCCCCUCUUACAGACCAUUUAGACGCCUGGAUGGAAAUGGUGACCUCCAGUGGGACAAAAUAAACAGUCUGGACAAAGGACAGAUCUACAAACAAGUGUGUACACCUUCAAUAUUAAACUACAAUGCUUAUGACCUCAUCUCCCCCUGAACAGAAUACUGAGGCCUUUAGUUUGUGUUUCAGGGGAACCUGUACGACUUCCUGAGGCUGACAGGCUGGAGAGGGUCCAGUGUGCUCUACUUUGGAGACCACCUCUACAGUGACUUGGCUGUGAGUGACUAUUUUAUCUCACUAUGA